AUGAACCAUACCUUGAUACCCUCGAAUCAACUCGACACGAAUGGUAACCAACGAGAUCCUUCAACAGAUAAAAAUGGCGAUUACUUUAAGAUGAAUUCCAUUGCAUUUCAACAGGAAUUAAAUGACGUUAAAUUACAUUUUGAAAGAAAGCUGCUUAAUGAAUUGGAAGAUAUGGACGAUCCACUUGAACUCUUUCUAGACUAUUUAGGUGCAUUAAGUCAAUUGAUACCUGAAAAUAACCAAUUUUUAAUAGAAUUGAUAGAACGAAGUUUGUUAUACCUUCGAGAUAUCGACACUUAUCAAAAUGAUCCAAGAUAUCUGCAACUUUGGCAUAAGUAUAUUGAUUUUCUUGAUAGACAGCAGAGUGUGGAUAAUUUGGAAGAAAUUUUUAAUGUGUUAAAAUAUAUGUUCUCCCUCCAUAUAGGAUAUAAACUAGCAUUAUUUUAUGAGUAUUUUUCUACAUAUCUAUUUCAAGUUGACAGAUUCAUAGAGGCACAUUAUAUUCUAGAGGUCGGAAUAAAAAGAAGGGCGAGACCGUUGAAUCGAUUACUUAUUACAUUGCAUGAAUUAGAGUCAAAACUCCGAAACUUGAAUCCAAAUUUUAAUAUAGAACUGCCAAUUCAGUUAGAAUUCUUAGAGAGAUUCCGAGAACCAUCAUUUGUUACUCGGAGAAGUACAUCGAGUUUCGUCGAAAAUGCUCAAAAAACUUAUCUAGUCAAACAGGAACAGUUAGUAAAUAGGCCACUUCAAUGGGAGCUAUAUAGAGAAGAAAGAGGUUUUGUACCGCGUGUGAAUAAAGUAGUUGAAGGAAAGGUCUCCCGUAUCAAGAGUGCCUUAGUAAUAGCGGAUAACGUGGAGACUGAAACAAAACCUGUGAAACUGCCAAUCUUUGCGGACAGCCAAGAAAAGAUCUCUGAAGUGGACAACGAGAAAGUCUAUAAAAUUAUUGAAAAUCCUGGUAGGAAACCUGAAAAGAUCGAUUGUAAUUUUUCUCUUCUUUAUUUGGACAAUCAGGAAUAUGCUGUUGAAGAAAUUUUGGCAAUGUCCAGAAAUUAUUACUUUACUCAGAAGAAGGAAUCUUUUGCCCAUAAUGACGAAAAUAUAGAUCGAUCAAUUAGCCAACCACCUUCUCAUCAAAAUAAAAGACGUCGAAAGGCUCUUGGUGAAAAAAGACCUGAAAUGUACGCCUCGCAACCUGACGUAUCUAUUGCACCUCUUUCAACGGGAAACUUAGGUGGAGAUACCAAUGUCUUCAAUGCUCAGGGAACAAACCCAUCAGAAUAUGUUAAUAUCACGAAAACAUCAAUUCUACCUCUCAACGAUUCAAAUAAAAUUAACGUUGAGAAUGAGAAUCAAAGUGUACCGGACAAUUAUAAGGUGCCAAAUUCUCCAACUGUCACAAUGGUUUCUAAAAAUGCUAUUAACGAGGUUUAUUCAAUGUUUAACCAAAAUUAUAAAGAAACAGAUUCAGUAGCUGACGUUGACGAUACGGGGAAGUAUUCUCUUUAUGAUAAUGGUACGCACGAAUUUACAAGGCAGAAUAUCGAUGAUUUGACGGAAGUUAAGAACUCCAAACCACAUGUAACUGAUACUGCAAUCAAUAAUAAUAAUACUACUACUACUGCUACUACUAAUAAUAAUGACACUCAACAAACACAAGAUUACGUAGAUGAUAAUAAUACGGGAGCUACAACAUAUAGAAGUAAACUAUCAAACUAUAUGACGCCCAUUCAAGAAAAAACAGAGCAUACUUUCCAAUCAAUGAAUGGAACGCAACAAGAUUCUUUCCCGAGGAGCGAACCUAACACUACACAGAGUUCACCAUUUUUAACACAGCCUCAGGCAAAUCAUAAUGGUAUGGUACCUAAUGAUCAAAUGUCUUUACUUCCUCCACCAGCGAAUACAAUUUCUAAAAAUGAACAUAUAAUAGAGCAUCCUUUAGAUUUAAAACUGCGACAUAAACUCUUAGAUAGUAUUAAUCCACCUUUAGAAAAUUACUCAACAUACUAUCAUUAUAACCAAUCUCUAAAUAUGAGUUCUCUAUUAAAGAAAAUCCAUAAGGAAUCCAUGAAUGAAAACAAGAAUCCUAUCGUAGAUUUCAAAAAGACAGGUGAUUUAUAUUGUAUUCGUGCAGAACUCGGUGAAGGUGGAUAUGCUACUGUGUAUCUCGCGGAAUCGGCAACAGGUAACUUACGAGCUUUGAAAGUUGAAAAACCAGCCAGUGUAUGGGAAUAUUACAUUCUGAAACAAAUUGAAGAUAGAUUGAAUGGAUUAAAUAUUUUGAAUUCUAUUAUCAAUGCAAAUUCAUUACAUUGUUUCACCGACGAAAGUUAUCUUGUCUUAAACUACGCCAAUCAAGGUACUAUCCUGGACUUGAUUAACUACCAAAAGGAGAAAUUUCAGAACACUGUCGAUGAAUCCUUAUGUAUGUUUAUCACCAUUGAAUUGAUAAAGGUUCUUGAAUAUGUUCAUGAAAUUGGUAUUAUCCAUGGCGAUUUAAAGCCAGAAAAUUGUAUGAUACGAUUUCAAGAAGGACAUCUAGGUUCUUAUAAUGCUACUGGACUAGAUGGAUGGGAUAAGAAGGGGAUAUACUUAAUUGAUUUUGGCAGAUCAUUUGAUCUCUCUCUAUUUCCGUCAGAUACCAAAUUCAAAGCUGAUUGGAAGACUGAUAAACAAGAUUGUUAUGAAAUGCAAAGUGGGAAGUCGUGGACCUACGAAGCAGAUUAUUAUGGUCUAGCUGGAAUUAUCCAUGCUAUGCUGUUCGGCUCAUUAAUUGACCCAAUACAAUCAUCUAAUGGAUACUUUAAGGUUAAAAAUCCGUUAAAACGAUAUUGGGCAAAAGAUAUAUGGAACUCUGCGUUUGAUGUGUUGCUUAACAGUGGAACCUUCAAUGAAUUUCCCCUAUCAUCUACUAUGAAAUCGAUUCGGCAGCGUAUGGAGGAGCAUCUAUCAGGUUCUGGUCUGGGAGAUCAGUUACGAAGUAUAAUACUUGAUCUCGAAUCGGAAUUAUCAAUAUUCAAGAAUAAAACUAUUAGAGGCAUCAAUAAGAGUAAAGGCAAGCGGAAGCCAACGCUAUGA